AAAAGGAAGACCAACAAACCCUAGCACUGCGGCUUAACAAAUAUCAAGUGAUACGAGAGCGCUAAAAGAUGAAUCUCCUGGGAAUUUAUUGGGACCCAGAAUGUUAUGAUUUAUUGAAAUAUAUGUAUAUAUCUAGACCAUCGAUAAUAUCAGUAAAGAUUACAAAAAUGUUAUAACAGAUUACAAAAAUGUUAUAACAUUUCGUUUUACUACCUUAAAAGUCAUUACCCUAAUAUAUAUCGAUCUUAUGACAACAAGUUGUAUUCAAAUUCAAAUAAAUGUAAACAACAACAUCAGGUGGUGUUUAUUCAUUAAUCUGCAUAUAAAUCCAGUUUGAAAAAAAAUAAAACAACAAAAAUUGGCCGGCAUUUGGUUCUACUUGUAUCAUAACUGGAUCAACAAACAGGUGAACAGGUGAACCCAAAAAUAACAAACCGAUAAAAAUAAGACUGGUUUUUCGAUUCACAAAAUUGAAUCCUAAUGAAGUUGAGAAACUUAUGAACCUAGAUAAACAACAUUUUGGGUGGUGUGACAACUGUUAUUGCUGCUGCUGGGGUAUAUAAGAAGCAUCGCUUGUCAUGACACAAGGUUUUUUCUUAAUUGUGACGUCUUAACGGUAACAGCAGUGUUUAGCGGUCGUGUAACUUAAAGUAAAACGUUUAAAACAUGAGUGAUUACAAGUACAUGAGUGGUUUUGGUUCUCACUUUUCAUCCGAAGAUCCCAGAUGUCCAAACUCAUUACCCGAAGGACAAAAUACACCACAAAAGCGUGCAUACGGCUUAUAUGCUGAACAACUGUCCGGUACAGCAUUUACAGCACCACGUAAGGAAAAUGCACGCACUUGGUUUUAUCGCAUCAAUCCCAGUGCCAAACAUCAACCAUUCCAGGCAUACGAAAAAGCCAGCAAACAUUUAACUCAUAAUUGGGAUGAACAGAAACCAAAUCCCAAUCAGAUGCGCUGGAAACCAUUUGAUAUUCCUAGUGGAAAUGAGAAAGUGAAUUUUGUUCAAGGUCUGCACACCGUCUGUGGUGCUGGAGAUGCUCGUUGUCGUCACGGUCUGGCUGUUCAUGUUUAUCUCUGCAAUACAUCUAUGGAAAACACAGCAUUUUAUAAUAGUGAUGGUGACUUCUUAAUUGUCCCUCAGGAAGGAGUUUUGGAUAUUACAACUGAAUUUGGUAAAAUGAAAGUUUCUCCCAAUGAAAUUUGUGUUAUACCCCAGGGCAUACGUUUCGCUGUAAAUGUAACAGGACCCACCAGAGGUUAUAUAUUGGAAGUUUACGACAAUCAUUUCCAUUUACCCGAUUUGGGACCUAUCGGUGCCAAUGGUUUGGCCAAUCCCAGAGAUUUUCUUACACCUGUAGCUUGGUUCGAAGAUCGUCAAGUAGAAGGCUUCCAGGUAGUUUCUAAAUUCCAAGGCCACCUAUUUGCCGCCAAACAAAAUCAUUCAUGUUUUGAUGUUGUUGCUUGGCAUGGCAACUAUGUGCCCUACAAAUACGAUUUGGCCAAAUUCAAUGUUAUAAAUUCCGUUAGUUUUGAUCAUUGUGAUCCCAGUAUAUUCACCGUCUUAACCUGCCCUAGUGCCAAAUAUGGCACUGCUAUAGCUGAUUUUGUUAUCUUCCCUCCCAGGUGGUCGGUGCAAGAGCAUACUUUUAGACCACCUUAUUAUCAUCGCAACUGCAUGAGUGAAUUCAUGGGCUUGAUUUUGGGUCGUUACGAAGCCAAAGAGGAAGGUUUUAUGCCCGGUGGUGCCACUUUACACUCCAUGAUGACACCUCAUGGACCCGAUAACAAAUGCUUUGAGGGUGCUUCUAAUGCUAAAUUACAACCCGAACGUGUGGCUGAGGGUACUCAAGCUUUUAUGUUUGAAUCCUCUUUAAGCAUGGCUGUGACCAAAUGGGGUGAAGAGACUUGCCAGAAAUUGGAUGCUAAAUAUUAUGAAUGCUGGCAGGCAUUGAAAAAUAAUUUUAAAUUAAAUAAUUAACAUUUUUGAGGGUUUUUUAUAUAUAAAUUUAAUAAAGUUUUUCUACAAAAUAUUUAUAAUCGA